AUGGUUACUGAGGACACAUCACCGCUAGGAGGGCGAGCUUGUGUUUACAACACGGAACUCGCUCUGGUACGCGAGGCAUUUAUGAAAGGGAGAUACAAAAAGUGCGCUGCCCUGUGCGAAUCUCUACAGCCUCGAGAUUUACCACCACUAUAUCAGGCUUACCUGUGGUACUACCACGCCACUUGUCAUGAAUUCAUGGGCCUCUCGACGCACAGUCUUUCCAGCAACAAGCUUCGGCUCCUCGAAAUUGCGAGAGACAGCCUACAUUCAGCCUUGCAAUGUCUACCUCUCCCCUUUGCCAUUACCACCCGUGGGCGGUAUCAGUUCCCAGAGGGAUCACCUUUUGGGUUGCAGGUCUCGCCUGUCAGCAAGGACCAGACAUGUCUAAACCAAUUCAGCCCACAAACACCAUCCAUGCCAUCACGGGGUUUGCCUCGAACGAUUUCCUCGUACAGUGUUUUAACCGACUGGGAGGAGCCCGGAACAUUCAUGCUCGUCGGUCCGCAACCACUGCCAGAACGUGACAUGAAAGCGUCCUCUGAAGUCCGGAGAGAGUCGCCACAACAUCUGCGCAGCAUCAGUGUCUUGCCGCCUGCAUCACCGAGGAAAGAUCACAAAGCGAGACUUAGCCAAAGCCUGAGUGUAAAGCACAACCUGGCCCACGAGCUGGUCCCGUCACCUCUCUUCAGCCGAACCAGAAAGUCCGCCUUAGGAGGACCUGGCGCGGAUGAGACGACAUCACGACCCCUUCCUGCUCUUCCAUUUAACCAUAACGCUGGCUUCCAAAUUGUCGGCACACGCAUAAAGCAGAUCCCGAGGGCCAAAAUGGUUGAUGACACACGCAAGACCGGCAUACAGACUCUGAUUGCACGUUUUGAAGAAAGACUCCCUCUGUCUGACACCGCCAGCCCAACAUCCACAAUCACCCAUCAUCAAUCUUCCCCUUAUCCAUCGACACCGAUCACCCCGCGUUUCGACAUGAUCCAUUUAGCGUUUAAACCCCAUUCAACCCCAAACAAUGCUCCCAGAAAUUCUCCAUCGACGCCUGCGUCUGCCAGCCUGGCGAGGCUGAACAUGAUGCUAUCCUCCUUCCGGAACGAGGUUAGAGUCCAGCUGUCGGACGUGACAGCCCAGAUCCAACAGACAGAACGCCUCCAGCUUGAGCAUUGCCGCAAGAAAACUUUGGGCAAUUGCCGUCUUGCGAGUUUCUGGUCAUUCGAGCCAGCCGUGGAUUCACAACAGUCGAUGCCGGCAAUGACCACAGCAACGGCAACGGCAAUAGCAACAACACCAUCGAAUGACCGGGCACUCCCCACUCGGCUACCUCCUCAGAGUAAUAAUACUCAGAUCCUGGCACGCAAAAAACGCAUCGAGAUGCUACGGGCUGAUAAGUGGCGUGUGAGCAAGGAGAAGCAUGGUUUCAAGGGUCAGGCCUACUAUGACGACUUGUGUGCACGUACUAAUGCUGAACUAGACCAGUCUCUGCAGCGUUACAAGGGUGCUGAAGAAUCAGGCUGUGCCAGACAUGUGACAACGCCUUGUGAUGGAUGA